AUGAGCAACGAGUUACAAUUAUUAGAAAACGUCGAACUAAAGUUAGCACUAUCAACAACGGAUGCACAACUCGAAAAGAAUAUUCAGUUAUUUCUUCCUCCUGUCUUGUUAAAAUUAGCAAGCACAGAUGCAGCUGUCAAACAAAAAGUCAUGACCAUUCUUUCUCAUGUGAACAAGAGAGUAAAGACGAAUAACAACAUCAAGUUACCGUUUGAUGCACUUCUGGCACAAUUCACAAACAGCCAAGUAUCAACAUUUGUCAAGAACUUUACCUUGAUCUAUCUGGAAAUGAGUGCUAGUCGGCAAAGUCCCGAGGAAAUUGUCAAUCGAUUACCAGAGUUACUGCGAGGAAUCAGUCAACGACCAGUUCAACAAAGAAUACAGCUACUUCAUGUUAUCUUGCCUAUUCUUAGAAAAUGGAAUAUGGAUCCUGCGGAACAAACGAUGGCGAGAGAACAACAGUUUCAAUUUAAUACAAGUGAUGUUUCAGUCAUUUUAGGGUUCUUUUUGGAUGUGAUGUUGUAUCAGCCCUUGACGGCAAGAGAUCUUCAGGAAGGAAACCUGAAGCAACCGGGAUUAAGUAAGCAGGCGAUAGAGGAUGUGACAAAUAAGGGUAAAGUGGAAUGGACCAUGACCAAGUUGAAGGAUGCAAAACUGGGGAUCAUCCAUUUUGUGUUGACGCCCAUCUUCACCGACAGCGAGAGGUUGCCAUUGUUGAUUGCUGGUGCCUGUGAUUCAAAUCAACAAGUAUCCUCUACAUGUGAAGAUGGUAUGCGUAAAUGGAUAGGCAGCGUAGAUUAUGAGGAUAAAAAGACGAUUCAGACGCUUUAUAGGCUAUAUCUAGGCACAAAGGACGAGAAGGAUCCGAGACUGCAGGCAUCGACGCCCAUCAAGAUUCGUGUGCUUCAAUAUCUGACAAAAUCUGUUGCGGCUGCCAACAUGAACACACACAUGAUACAGGUCGUCUUUGAUGGCAUCUAUGGUGAAACGACUACACUCAAACUUCAAAGAUUUGCAUUUUCAUUUCUUCAAUGGUGUGCUCGAGUGAGCACGGAAGCAAAUCUGAGCCCGGUUGCGCCUAUCAUCGUAUCUGGUCUACUAAAAUUUAUAAAUCAAAAUGAAGAACUCAAGGGUCACGAUGGCGAGAGUAUUAGAGGAAGUGCCUAUGUGGCAUGUGUCCCACAAGUUGCUUUAUCCGACAACCAAAUACUAUCAUUAUUCUUUAAUAAAUUAGAACAAGAGGAACGAAACGUUAGGAGCUAUGUGCAGGAUGCACUAUCCUCUAUGAUUGAGAUCUAUGUAGAUAUUUCCGAAACAGUGCCUAUCUACAAGGAUUUACAAAACAUCUUGUUAGAAGCUGUGCAAAAGAACAAUGCAUAUUCUCGGUAUAUGGCCUUAAAGUAUGCAAAUGCCAUCUACCCAUUUUCUUCUGUAUUUGCUCGAUAUAUCUGUCUUUUGGGAUUCUCCAAUUCAGUGACAAAACUAGAAGUAAAAGAGGAAUGUUCAAGAGGAUUAACGCCAUUUGUUCGAAGCAAGGUCACGGGCAUUGCGGAGUCAGUCGAUGUCGUGCCUCCAACCGAACUUCCCAAGUUUUCAGAACUGAUAGAAUACGUCUAUGCUCAGAGGCCCAGCCAGGACUAUGUACUGAUGUCCAAGUCGCCUACUAUCAGAGGCUAUCCAACAGAAGUAUUUUCUGAAAUGCUCGGUUUUAUUCGCAUGAUUUGUGUGCUCGAAUCUAAUCCGACAACGAUCGUCAUUGAUAACUAUGUAUCUGACAAGGUGGAUAAUAGCAUGUCGGAAGAUCCUACGGUGAUGAACAACUUCAAGACAAGUAUUAACGAGAUGUGGUCUAAUGAAAGGCAAACUAUCGAACACUGGCUUGAGCUUAUCCAAGCUGGUCUCAGCCCUGAUCUAAGAGACCCUGUUUUGCUGGCAAACUCUGCCAAGUGUCUACUCGAGAUUAUCUCUCUUGGUCCUUCAUCGCUAUCGACUGCGUUCAAUGACCGCCUUGGCUUCUUCAAAUCAUUGUGCCUAUCAGAAAAGCUAGAGGUCAGAGCGCUCACGUCUCAUAUCUUUGGUAUCAUAGUCAGCAAUGCCUCUAUCACCGAUAUUGAAACGAUUUUGAAUGAACUAUACGGUCUGGUAGAGAACGAGGCUCAAAAAGAUCAAGCGCUCGCUCAUCGUCACGGUGCAGUUCUUGCCAUUGGGUACACCAUUGGUCGCUGUCAGUAUCGUCGGCGAGAACUUCCUAGCGAUCUUGUUCGAAAGUCGGUGACAAGCCUUGCCAGCUUACUUCAGGGCACACCUGGAUCAACUUUUUCAAUGCUUGCAAAUGCAGCCUGUCAAGCGCUUACAGAGAUUGGCCGAACUCUCAAACUGAACCAGGACGUAGUUGACAGACUGAUUCAUUUAGUCAAGUCCAGCAAGGAUGCAAAGGUGCAGGAACGAUCUGUGCUCGCUUUGGGUCAUUUGGCGGUCCCGAUGAAAGGACAUCCGUCAGUUGUUGAUUCAAUCAUAAACUGUCUCUUGUCGACGGCGGAUUCUAAGCAGGUAGAGAUUGCCUUUGCGACAGGUGAGGCGUUGUCUAUACUUGCCUUUGGAUGGAAAUCACAAGCGAUGCAAAAAUACAAGGAUGUCAGCGACAUGCCUAUCCUGGACGCUUUUGAACCUUUAGACUAUGAUCUGCAGGACACAAUAGACAAGAUCAUUCGGUCGUAUGUAGCCAGUGAUAGAUCUUGGUACAGAAAGGCGGCAUGUAUCUGGUUACUCUCGAUUUUAAAGUUUGGUAAAGAUCAAAACCUCGUCACAGCAAACUUACAAGUUAUCCAUGCCUCCUUUUCCCGUCUGCUCUCUGAUCGAGACGAAUUCACACAGGAAUGUGCAUCAAAGGGCCUUGGUCUUGUCUAUGAAUACGGUGACAGUAAACUAAAGGAGGACAUGCUCUACUCACUUGUCGGCGCGUUUACCGAAGGGCGAAGGAUUCAGGCACAAUCCGUCACAGACAAUACUGUGCUGUUUGAAGAAGGCGCUUUGGGAGAAACACCUGAUGGAAACUCAAUCACGACUUACAAGGAGCUAUGCUCUCUUGCAUCCGAAAUGAACCAACCUGAUCUUAUUUACAAAUUUAUGAAUCUGGCCAACCAUAAUGCCAUGUGGACCUCUCGAAAGGGUGCAGCCUUUGGUUUUCAAAACCUGAUGGCCCUUGCCGAAAAGGAAAUGGAACCCUAUCUUCCUCGACUGAUCCCAAAGCUGUACAGAUACCAAUUUGAUCCAAACCCUCGUGUGAAUCAGACAAUGAAGUCUAUCUGGCGCUCCGUGGUCAAGGAUAACCAAAAGACAAUCGAUGCUUACUUUAAUCAAAUUAUGGAAGACCUCUUGGCUGGUUUGGGCAACCAUCAGUGGAGAGUGCGUGAGGCAUCAUGUAGCGCGUUGAAUGAUCUUGUUCAAGGACGUAAACUAGGACAGAUUGAGCCAUUCCUCGAGCAGCUGUGGCAAAUGUCGUUCCGUGCUUUGGACGAUAUUAAAGAUUCAGUGCGUCAAGCGGCCACACAAACUUGUAAAACACUUACCAAGCUGACGGUUCAUUACUGUGAUCCAACAACGGUCGCUGUGUCGGAUGGUGAGAAAGUCAUGGGCAUUGUCAUGCCCUUUUUGCUUCAUAAAGGUAUUGUCUCUGAUGCAGAAGAUAUUCAAAAAUUCAGUUUGGAUGCUGUUCUCCGCGUAUGUAAGACAGGCGCAGUGCUCUUGAAGAGGUACAUUCCUGAUAUCAUUGACACGUUACUUCAAUCCCUCUCUUCGCUUGAACCUCAAGCAAUGAACUAUUUGAGCUUUCAUGUUGAAAAAUACAAUAUCUCUCAAGAACAACUUGAUAAUGCUCGAUUAAGUGGAGCAAAGAACUCGCCAAUGAUGGAAGGUAUUGAACAUUGUAUACAUCAGAUUGAUGAACAAGUUAUGGAGGAGUUGACUCCUCGUAUAUUGCAUAUCGUCAGAAAAGGCACAGGUUUACCAACCAAGGCUGGAUGUGCUCGUUUCAUCGUGACUCUCGUAAUGAACCGCAGAACAACGUUUACACCCUACGCCGAUCAGUAUCUUAAAGCACUGAGUGGCACCAUCCGUUCAAAGAAUCCUGUGAUUCGUAAAUCUUAUGCAACAGCAAUUGGAUACGUAUGCCAAGUUGCUACUUAUGACCGAUUGAUUUCAAUCGUGAAGCAUCUCAAGAAACUUUACAUUGAAGAUGAAGAUGAAGAUGCAAAGGCAGGAAGUGCUGUAACUGUUGUCGAAAUGACUCGUUUUGCUACUGAUCGUGUCAACUCGAUUGCCUCUAAUGUUGUUCCACUCGUUUUCUUUGGAGAGCAUGAUCCUGAAGAGGAUUUUAAUAAGCUUUGGAAAGCAGCAUGGGAAAACUUGACGUCUGGUACGCGUAGUAUGGUCUCGCUCUAUGCUAAUGAAAUUCUUGAUUUCACUCAGCCAUUGCUAUCCUCAUCCUCAUGGAAGAUCAAGCAAACAGCAGCACUUACCAUUGCUGAUAUGUGCAAGACUUCUGAAAGUGAUGUUCGAUCCUACGCAGAGAAGCUUUUGCCAGUCAUGAUAUCAACCUUGGCUACACGAUCAUGGGCAGGAAAAGAGUAUGUGUUGGAUGCCUUUGCUCAACUAUGUAUCUCCAUCAAAGACGGUUUGUGCACAGGAAAUGCUUUCCCUCCCUUGUCAGAAAUUGCCAUCAUCUUUGUAAGGGAAGCUAAAAGAAGAAACCGUACAUACCAACGACACGCCUUGGUAUCCUUAACCAAGUUCAUGGACACAUUUGGUGAGCACAUCAGCAUGUUUGAUAUGGUGAACGAGUUCCUGACAGAGCUGUGUCAAAUGGAUGAAACUGAGGCGGUAGAAGAUGAGGACAGUGAUAAUGCUAAACCACUCAUUCUCAUGAUCAAGGCGAAUGCUUUCCGAUCCAUUGUCUCUGCGUAUCGACCUAAGGCAUUUGCUGUACAAGAAAAGGAAGCUGCUCCGCUAUGCGACAUGUUAACAGGCUGUCUGAGUGGAAACAUUUGGAAUGUACAAUUAUCUAUCUUGCAGAGUUUAAAGACAUUUGUAAAACAUUGCACAGAUUCAAGCUUAAGAGAUACGCAUAUACGUCAAAAGGUCUUAAAAGCAUGUUUUGAUUCUUUGGAAGAUAAAAAGUAUUCUGCUAUUCGUACAGCUGGUGUAGAGCUACUAGAGCAGUUAUCAGAAUGUACCACAUUUGAAGGAGACAUGAAGACGGAAUUGGUUGAAAAUAUUCACACCGCUAUCCAGAAUGAACCCGUUGCUUUCAUUCGCGAAACCUUACAAAAGGUGAAUUUGAGUAUUCAAAACAAAUAG